UUUCAGAGCACGGAUUUGACAAGUACAGUUGGCUAUGACAACAUCAUUCAACACCUGAAUGACGGCAGGAAGAACUGCAAAGAGUUUGAAGACUUUCUGAAGGAAAGAGCAAUCAUAGAAGAAAAAUAUGGUAAAGAGCUUAUUAACCUAUCAAAGAAGAAGCCCUGUGGGCAGACAGAGCUGCACACCCUGAAGAGAUCUCUUGAUGUUUUUAAGCAACAAGUAGACAAUGUGGGGCAAAGUCACAUCCAGCUGGCACAAACCUUACGGGAGGAAGCAAAGAAAAUGGAGGAUUUCAGGGAAAAGCAAAAACUGCAUCGGAAGAAGAUAGAGCUUGUGAUGGAGGCGAUUCACAAAAACAGGAAUUUGCAGUACAAGAAGACCAUGGAGGUAAAGCAGACGUGCUGCUCUGCGUGCAGCAGAACUGUAGCUCACAGUAUCGUGCAUGCGAGGGUUGAGCAAGCUGUGCACCGCAACGCAAACCUGGUCACACAGAAGCAGCAGGAGAAGCUGUUCCUGAAGUUGGCUCAGACGAAGUCAGCUCUGGAGGACUCUGACAGAAGUUAUCAGCAGAAUAUUGCUGCAUUGGAGAAGAUCCGGGAAGAAUGGCAGAAAGAGCACAUCAAAGCGUGUGAGUUUUUUGAGACUCAGGAGUGUGAGCGGAUCAGUUACUUCCGCAAUGCCCUGUGGCUUCACACCAACCAGCUCUCUCUGGACUGUGUCCAGAAUGACGAGAAAUAUGAGGACAUCCGCAAGAGUUUAGAAAUGUGCAGCAUUGAGAAGGAUAUUGAUUUUUUUGUAAAUCUACGCAAAACUGGAAGUUUGGCUCCAGCUCCUGUUGUUUAUGAGAACUACUAUAAUGCACAGAGAAAUGCAACACCCGUGAGAAGUCCAGCUCCUGUACCUAUAUCAAGGAGGGGACCUUUACCACCCCCAGCCAGCGGGCCAGAUGAUCCUGAUUAUGUUACAGUUGACGGCUACAGCUUGAUACAUCACUAACAGCCACAGUAAGUACUGGAAUCCAGGGA